UCAUUUUCUUUUAGUUUUUUACUUUUUCUCUGUUUUGUUUCUUUUAAGUUUUAAGAUACUCUUCAUUUUUGGGACUCGGAACCAAGGAAGCGAUGUUCAAGUAUACUUUCUGUUGGUUUACAGUCUCUCGGCAGAUAACCACUUAAGCAUGAAGACGAGGAGAGAGGUGAAGGAUGAUGUAAUCCCCUCUCAGCCCAGGAGAAAAGCCAUCUUUUGUUUCACCCGUGUGAUGGUGUGAAAGAGACCACACUACCCCUCCUCAGUAACCCCCAAAAAACAGCCACCACCUCCUGCUUGCUCAAACUGGGCCGUAGUGGACUCACUCUUUGGCACAGACACCCCAUUACUACAUACGUACUCGUAUAAACACGCACAGAGGGUGCACAAGUAGAACGGUGGGGUUUUUUUGAGUUUUCGGUCCCAGAGUGAGGCUUUGCAUUUGUUUUUUCCACCGCUUCUCUUUUUCUGUCUCUCUCUCUAAACUCUUUUUUUGGCCUGCUCUCCGGGCCGCCGAGCACCACCAGGAUGACAUCAUCCCCUGCCACCACAAUGGGGCUCUUCAUCUCCUGAGGGCCCUCACCAGGCUGCGUCACCGCGCAGGACCUCCAGUCCCUGUGGUGGAGGAGGAGGGAGGAAGAGGAGGAGGAGGAAAGAGGAGAGGGCGCAGAGAGAAAGAGAACCUGCCGAUAUGACUGAACGUGCCGGGGUCCCAGGCUCAGUGCAGUCCAUUGGAGCAGAGGGCCUGGUGGCCCUGCUGGAGGGCGGUCUUGACCGGGUCUUGCUGAUUGACAGUCGUCCUUUUGUAGACUAUAAUGCUUCACACAUCCUAGAGGCUGUAAAUGUUAACUGUUCCAAGCUGAUGAAGCGGCGACUACAGCAAGACAAGGUACAGAUUGCCGAGUUGCUCCAACACUCAGCCAAAAAGAAGUUGGAAUUCCAGGGAGGUCAAGAAGUAGUGGUAUAUGAUCAGAGCUCAUCUGACCCAACCACCCUGUCCUCAGAAGCUUUUCUCAGUGUGCUCCUGGUCAAACUGGAGAAGAGCUUUCCAUCCGUCCAUCUACUUUCAGGUGGCUUCUUGGAGUUCUCACACUUGUUCCCUGGGCUAUGUGAGGGCAAGUCUGCCCUGGUUCCCUCCUGUAUCUCUCAGCCCUGCCUACCUGUCACCAAUAUUGGGCCCACUCGCAUUCUCCCCCACUUGUACCUUGGCUGCCAGCGUGAUGUUCUAAACAAAGAUCUAAUGCAGCAGAAUGACAUCGCUUAUGUCCUUAACGCCAGCAACACCUGCCCCAAACCCGACUUCAUCCCAGAGUCACAUUUCCUGCGUGUGCCAGUUAAUGACAGCUUCUGUGAAAAGAUCCUGCCGUGGUUGGAUAAAUCUGUCGAGUUCAUUGAGAAAGCAAAAGCUUCUAAUGCCAGGGUUCUGGUCCACUGCCUGGCUGGAAUUUCCCGAUCUGCCACCAUAGCCAUUGCAUACAUCAUGAAAAGAAUGGACAUGUCCUUGGAUGAGGCAUACAGGUUUGUGAAGGAGAAGAGGCCCACUAUAUCACCUAACUUCAACUUCUUGGGACAGCUGCUGGAUUUUGAGAAGAAAAUCAAAAAUCCUUCCGAGCUAACAGCAAAACCUAAGACCCCACACUCAGAGCAGACAGAGGAGCUUACAGCAGAGAAUGACUGCAGGGUCACAGAGGAGCUUGGUUGUGUUACUGAUGAUUCUGACAUUAGUCAGCUGGAGCCUUUGACUCUGCCCUGUGUGCUGGUAGAUGUUCCUGAGGACCAGCUUCUGGCCCAGGCUCUGUGUAACCUGCAGAUGGGUGAUGGCUUAGAGGAAAAUGCCAGGCUCAAACGCUCCUUCUCACUGGACAUCAAAUCAUACGGGGAGUCGAGCGGUGGCACCCCAGUUAGGGCUUUUGUGCCUCAUACAGUUCCCAGCGAUGCCUCGGAAUACUACAAACCGUCCACCUUUAAGGAGCCCACUAGCAAGCCCUGUCAGUUCUCCCCUGUGGAGGAGGUGUCAGAGCAGUCCACACCAGAGCAGAGUCCUGACAAGGAGCAGGCAGAGGGCCCCACAGCUACCACAGCUACAGCCUUCAUGAGUUCCACCAACGCCACCAACACUACCCCUAAGCAGACCAGUGCAUCCAAGCCACCACCACCAUCUUACCCGCAACCACUGCACCGCAGUGGCAGCAUGGAGGAAACCCCUAGCACGGCCAUGGCCAGCUACCUAUUCGGGCUGUCACGGAGCCAGCAGCAUCUGUCCAAAGUCGGUCCUGGUGCUGCGCUAAAAGGCUGGCACUCAGACAUCCUGCUGGGGCCAAUGGGCGUAUCGUCCUCUUCGUUGGCCAGCGGAUGGUACCUCUCGUCGGAGUCUGCGCGUUUCUAUUCCACCUCUGCCAUCUUCGGCAGUGGUGGUGGCUUCACAGCCUACAGCUGCAGCCAGGGUUUUGAGGCCGUGCGCCGACGAGGUCGGCAGAAGAGCAGCGACCGCGGUGACUCGCGCCGCAGUUGGCACGAGGAGAGCACCUUCGAAAAGCAGCUGAAACGCCGAAGCUGCCAGAUGGAAUUUGGGGAUGGGAUGUCGGAGAGCCACUCCAGAGAGGAGAUGGGAAAAGUUGGCAGUCAGUCCAGCUUCUCAGGAAGCAUGGAGAUUAUUGAGGUGUCCUGAAGAAAGCCAAGCACUUAUGUUCUCCACAAAUCUGUGCAAACUCGUACACUCAGAUCAUUUCCUCACAAUAUGGGGGAAAAAAAACUUGUAUCGCGUGAUUUGACCAAAAUCCACUUGGGUAGUCGUUUUUGGUUUUGAACAGCUAAUUAGCUGUGCUUUUUAGACUUUUCUUCGCCCAAUACUGACAACAGUUUGGUAAUACCUAAAUUUUAUAGGUAGGAACUUUCAACGGAAAGCAGCUGUUUAAUUACUGAAUGUCAGUGGACUACGUACAAACACUUUUUAUUUUGUUUCAAUUUGUUUUAACUGAGGACUGAGCCUAUUUUUGUCUGUGGAUGAGUGUCGCUCAUAAUUUACAAUUCUUUCGCUUACGUUCUGAUUCAUCAACCCCAUGUCAGUAUGGCAUCAUUAGCUAAACAUGGAGCCUGUGUCAAAGCGUGAAUGAAGUUGAACUGGAUAGAGGACAGUGGCCAUGUACUUUGAACCUGCUCCUGAGGGUGCCAAGUAGCAACUAUCCAGUACCUCAUAAAUCCAAAUUAAGGGGUUUGCUUUUUUCUUCCUUUUUUUCCCUCAUUACUUUUUCUUUUUAUCCUUAAUGAGUAGCUCAUUGACAAUUACAUUCUCAGGUCUUAUUUUGAGCAGCAGGAAAAUACUUUUAAAUAGGUCCCAUUUAACGUGGAGGGCUAUUCUCUUUCUUUUUACCUUGAAAGAUUACCUUUAGAGAUGGAAAUGCUUGUGAAGAAUGGUUUAAAUUGCUUUCUACCAUUUCAACUGAUCUAAAUCAGCUUCUGCUUCAAAACAUGUAUAGCUUAAGGAAAGUAAGGACUGAUUAUGGACAGUUGUCACAGACAGAAAGAGAGAUGGAACAGGGCAGAACUUUGUAUCUGUCCAACAGACAGAGGGUUGGUUUAGCAAGUGGUUGAGUAGAGAAAGAGGCUGGAACUCUUGUUCGAAGAUACUGUUGUGCGUCUUAUUGUGUCUGUCCCAGCAGAAUCAGCCGCAGUGUCAUGACGCAAACAUCAAAUAGAAUAGAGAGAGUCAACACCACUUUGGUCACUCCUAAGGGUUUUGCGCACCUUCUUUAGUCAUCUGCGCAGUAUAUUAUUGCACUACUGUGGUUUGAGAAUGAUUUGUUUGGGAGAAAGUAUUUGUGAGAGUCUUUGUUUGGCCAUUUUGAUUAAGAAAACAAUGCUGUGCUUGUGAGUGUGUGUGAGAGUUGCCUGUAGGCUACCAGGGAAUACAGAAGGCUAAAAAAAUAUUUUGUUGGACUUUAGUGAGGACUUCUUUUCAAUGUUACCCCUAUCUGCCUUAAGAUAACAAAUUUAUGGGCGGAUAUAUGUGCUUCUGGUAACUGAAAAUCACUUUUUACAAUCAGGAAACACAAUUCAGUAAUUUGAGGAAACAGAAAGGUGGGUUUCGGAGUGUGACAUACUAUGUAAAGAAACUAAUUCGUUUAUGAUUAGGGAAUUUCCUAUCUAGAUCAAGUGUGUGGUAAGGAGUCGAUUGUAAAUUUAGGUGUUAAGGCUGCGGUAUCUGCAGUCCAAAUAAGUUCCAGUCAGUGUUGCUUAGCAAACAAAACUGGACACAGUAUGGGCACAGGGCUUAACACUCCACUACAGCAAGUCUCGUUUCAGCCUUCGGAAUCAAAAGCUGCUGUAUUUCUGCUUCUUGCAGUCGUUUGAAUAGAAUGUUGUGAUGCCCUCACUAAAGUGCAUAUCAGUAAUUAUCUUUAAAAAAAAAAAAAGAAGCCCCAUCAAAUUACCAGUCUGGAAGGCUCCUUUUGGAAACAUCUGCGUCUGUCUCUCAGUGUGUCAAACAUGUGGCUCUGUGUCAAGUGUCAUGCGGAAGCUGUCAAUCAAAGGUUGUGUUUCUGAGAAGCUAAAACCAACUUGGCUCUUUACCAACAGGGGAUGGACUACCAGCAUGGGAUAAACAUCUCAGCAAUUCUUUGCAAAUGUAAGUAUGUAGGAACAAAUAACAGUAGAAAUAGCCUACUUUAAUACCCAGUCUAUGUAGUUUAUAAUAUAGGUAUUUACACCAGCUGAUGUGCCUUUCCUGUACAGAACUGACAAGCAUCAUGACAAGAAAGGACUUUCUGCUUGUUUGUUAUGACAAUGAUGUCCAUCUCAUGCUCUUGGUCAUUUGUUCCCAAAACCAACAAACACAUCCAUUAGCUUUGGAGUCUGAGAGUAGAGCCCAAUUACCAGUUUCACCACCGAUGCUGAAGGUUGGGAGUGAGGGGGAUUCAUAAAUAAACAAAUACAGUGGUGCUAUGAAAUGACACCUAAUUUUCUUAAUGGUUUCUGUAAUGUUGUUGGGAGUAUGUCACAACAGGGUUUGCCAUGGCUUUUACCAUUGGUGCUUUUUGUAUUAUUGCUUGAACAAAUGACUCAGUGCCGUGUUUAUGAUUGACUGGGCAGAGACAUAGUUAACCUAGAAAUUUCUGAAGGCACAAAAGAAAAUGUCUUGGACUGCAUUUCAUAGCUUUAUUUACUUUCUAGGUCUCUGCAACUGCUGAAAGCAGAGGCAUGCAGCUCCCUUUGUGGAAUGACAUAGUUCCUGCUGCAGGCUUGUUAACAGCCAAUGAAAAAACCGAAUCAGUUAUUUUAGUCAGUCUGCCCACAUACAAAAGACUCUCCGGGAAUGAAGCAGAACGGACCCGAGUAUUCUCAUUGGGCAAACAGACUGAUCUUACCUGGGCAGUAUUAUUUUCAGCACUCUUGCCCACCAAGAUCCAAUGACUGAGCCAAUGAGAGUAGAGACAACAGGCAGUCGGUGGUUUUACACUAGUGCUUAAUGCUCUGAACACCUAAUUAAGGGCAGGUUUUGCUGAUUUGUUUUCAGUGGACACGAUUAGGACUUCUAAUGGUGUCCUCAGAGCAGCCUCUGCAGCUUUGUGCCUUUCACUCUUAAAUCUGACAUCAGUAUGUUUCUUCUGUUUCCCUAUGAUUUUAUUAGAUUUUUUUAAAGAGAGGAACAGUGUGAGUUCAGACAUGACAGUUUAGUUUGGGUUGAAGGUUUCCCUAAAGCUGUGAAAAUGUUCUUGGGAUAACGGGAGUUACAGAAACGGGUGAAAGUAUGUCUCAUGAAUCCAAUGUGACUGUCCUCUCGCGAUGCCCCUCAGACAGUUAACCUUUCAUUUAUUUACAGCGAAAAAUCCAAAACAUACCCUCUAAUCAAACCACAGCUUUGUACCGUAAUCACAGCACGUGGCACUGCGGUCAGGUCGUCUUAAGAAGAUUUACAUCACGAAAAUCUGAAAGAUGGACGUCAGCCCGCGUAACUCAGGACCCAAAUCCUUCAGUAAAUUUCUUCAGCAAAUUGAAUCAACUGACAGCGUAAUCAAGUCUGUGGAAAAGAAUUAGCAACAUUUGUUAAAGGAGUGUUAUGUCAUCGCAUUCAAGAUGGUACCUGUGUGAAGUUUGUGAAUAGGCCCUUGGCAGUGUUUGAGAAUAUAGUUUUGCUUUUCUUUCAGCAGUAUGCACAAGUUUUACAUUGUUUUAUGAAGUUUGAUGUUGAUGAACCUUAGUUGUAUGCUGACUCUUGAAUAAAAUCAGAAACGGUACUCAACAUAUGCAUUUAUUUGUCUAGUUAAAUCUACAGACAGAGUAACCAAACCCAUUACUUUGUUUAUCUGUUUU